AUGGGGUGCCUGGAGCUGGUGCUCCUGGGUCUCACCUGCUGCUUGGCAGUGGCGAGUUCUGCAAAGCUGGGUGUAGUGUACACUGAAGGUGGUUUUGUGGAAGGUGUCAACAAGAAGCUUGGCCUCUUUGGUGACUCUGUGGACAUCUUCAAGGGCAUCCCUUUUGCUGCUGUCCCCAAGACCCUGGAGAACCCCCAGCGACACCCUGGCUGGAGAGGAACUCUGAAGGCCAAAGAAUUCAAGAAGCAGUGUCUGCAGGCCACCACGACCCAGGAGAAUACCCAUGGGUCAGAGGACUGCCUGUACCUCAACAUCUGGGUCCCACAGGGCAAGAAGGAAGUCUCCCGGGACCUGCCUGUUAUGAUCUGGAUCCAUGGUGGUGCCUUCCUCAUGGGCUGUGCUCAGGGGGCCAACUUCCUCAACGACUACAAAUAUGAUGGAGAGGAGAUCGCCACACGGGGCAACGUCAUCGUGGUCUCCUUCAACUACCGUGUGGGCCCCCUUGGCUUCCUCAGCACUGGGGACCCCAACCUGCCAGGAAACUAUGGCCUUCGGGACCAGCACAUGGCCAUCUCUUGGGUAAAGAGAAACAUCGCAGCCUUUGGGGGAGACCCUGACAACAUCACCAUCUUUGGGGAAUCAGCUGGAGGCACCAGUGUCUCUCUGCAGACCCUCUCUCCCUACAACAAGGGCUUGAUACGGCGAGCCAUCAGCCAGAGCAGUGUGGCACUGAGCCCCCGGGCCAUCCAAAAGAACCCACUCUUCUGGGCUAAAACGAUUGCCAAGAAGGUGGGCUGCCCCAUGGAUGAUACCUCCAAGAUGGCCAAGUGUCUGAAGGUCACCGAUCCACAGGCCUUGACACUGUCCUACAAGAUGCCCUCCACUGGCAUGGAAUACCCCAUGUCAAACUAUCUGGGCUUCAUCCCGGUCGUUGAUGGAGACUUCAUUCCCGAUGACCCCAUCAAGCUGUAUGCCAACACUGCUGACAUUGACUACCUAGCAGGCACCAACAACUUGGAUGGCCACUACUUUUCUACCAUUGAUAUACCAGCAGUUGGCCUGAUUAACAAUGAUGUAACAGAUGAGGACUUCUACAAGCUGGUCAGUGGAGUCACCUUCGCCAAGGGCCUCCAAGGAGCCAAAGCCACCUUUGACAUCUACACUGAGUCCUGGACCAAGGACUCAUCCCAGAAAGUGAAAAAGAAGACCGUGGUGGACUUUGAGACUGACGUCUACUUCCUAAUGCCUACCAAAAUGGCGGUGGCCCAGCACAGAGCCCAUGCCAAGAGCGCCAAGACCUAUACCUAUCUGUUUUCUCAUUCCUCUCGGAAGUUUCUCUACCCUGACUGGAUAGGGGCUGACCAUGCAGAUGACCUCCCGUAUGUGUUCGGGAAGCCCUUAGCCAACCCUCUGGGCUACCAAUCUGAAGAUAAGACUGUCUCCAAGGCCAUGAUCGCCUACUGGACCAACUUUGCCAGGACUGGGGACCCAAAUAUGGGUCACUUGGCUGUCCCUACACACUGGGAUCCCUACACCCUUGAAAAUGACAACUACCUAGAGAUCAACAAUAAGAUUGAUAGAAACUCCAUGAAGCAGCACCUUAGGUCGAACUACCUGCAGUACUGGGCCCUGACCUACCAGGCACUGCCCACGGUGACUGAUGAGGACACUUCCCCUGUACCACCCACAGAUGACUCUGGAGUGACCCCAUUACCCCCUGUACCCCCUACAGGUGACUCUGAGGCCACCCCUGUACCCCCCACAGGAGACUCUGAGGCCACCCCUGUGCACCCUACGGGUGACUCUGAGGCCACCCCUGCGCCCCCUACGGGUGACUCUGAGGCCACCCCUGCCCCCCCUACGGGUGACUCUGAGGCCACCCCUGCGCCCCCUACAGGUGACUCUGAGGAUGCUCAGAUACCCAUAGUCAUCAGCUUCUAA